UCUUUAUUUAUAUUCCAACGACCCCUUCUCCGAUUGCACCGACCGGAAACAUUCAAACCCCAUGGCCCCCAAACAAUGCGGCGCGCCCAAACCCUAAUCGCGCCACCGCACGACCAUGACCAAUGGCGGAGGGCGAGCCGCGCCCGACGACUUCGGCCGCGCCGCCGCGCGCCUCGCUGCGGCGCAGCUCUGCCAGGCCGCGGGGUUCCACGGCGCCACCGCCUCCGCGCUCGACGCCUUCGCCGACGUCGCCAUCCGCUACCUCCUCGACCUAGGCAGGACCGCCGAGUCCUACGCCAACCUCGCCGGCCGAUCGCAAUGCAGCGUCUUCGACGCGAUUCGCGCCUUCGAGGACCUUGAAGCGCCGCGAGCCUUCUCCGGCGCCGGCGCCGGCGUCAGAGAGAUCGCGAACUUUGUGGAAUCCGCCGACGAGGUUCCCUUCGCUCAGCCGAUUCCUCAAUUUCCGGUGAUUCGCGAGGGGACGAACACGAAGACGAACAUGAACAUGAACAUGAACAUCCCGAGUUUUGAUCAGAUGGGUGAAACUCCACCGUCGAAGCAUAUACCCGCGUGGUUACCGGCUUUACCCGAUCCUCACACGUAUAUUCACACACCCGUGUGGGACGAGAGGGUUUCCGAUCCUCGCGAGGAUAAGAUAGAACAAGCGAGGCAGCGUAGGAAGGCUGAGAGGUCGUUGUUGAGUUUGCAGAAACGUUUGUUGUUGCGUAAUGGGUCGGUGGAAGCAAAAGCAACUACUUCCGCUUCAUCAGAUAGUGCUGCUGGUUUGGAUCCUCAAGUGGUUGGUGGAGAUGACAAGGAUGUUUCUCCGGUUGUUAAGGUUUCGGAUGAGGGUGGUGGUGGUGGUGGUGGUGGUGGUGAUGGGAAGCGUGUUUCGGUGUUGGAGGCGUUUGGUCCUGCAAUUGAGAUGCUUGGGGGUGGGGGGUUGUGUGAUGAGGAUGAGGAUGGGAUGGGGGGGAGAGAGAGAACUGAGCUUCCUGCUGCGAGGCCUACUGUGCAUUUCAAGUUCAGGACUGGGAAGAAGUUCAUUGGGGAGUCCUUGGAUACGAAGCUUCGGAAGAAGGACGUGUCGCGGACGGCGGCAUUGGCUGGGAGGGAAGAUGAGAGGGAUGAUAAGAAGAGGAGGGCUGAGUAUAUUCUCAAGCAGUCUAUGGAGAAUCCGCAGGAACUCACUCUGUUGUAGAUUGAUUAGUUCAUUUGUUGACAAUUGAGUUGAAGGGGUGCUCGGAAAUUAAGGGCUUGCUCAUCUUCUGGUGAGGACUUUGUGACUUACCUUACCUGGCUGUAGAAUCACUUCUAACAUGUUUUUAGAGCAGUUGAUUUUGUUUCUUUUCUUGCUAGUGUAGCUCUGAUUUGCAUAUGGAUUUUUGAACAUAAAGCUCUUCUUUCCGUGGCUCAUAUUGUAAUCUACACACCAAUUCAAUUGAAUCAAUAUACUGAAUUUUCUGUGCCUA